UAAUUUUGACCGUGAAUUUAGAUAUAUAAUCUAGAUUUUUAAAAUAAAAUUUACAUUCUCCCGAAAUUCGAAAAGCGCUAGUAGAAGGAGACUAAAUUUUAUUAUGGUAUUGUAAGGAAAAUAGGAAAAGAAAAUCAUGGAAUGGACUAAAGAAAGCGAGGCAUGCGCAUGGCGCGCAGUGGACAGUUGAAAUCAUCAUUCUAAAAUUGGGUUUGAUCUUGAAUGCAUUAUUAAUCAAAACCAACCCCCCAAAUGACAAAAGAAAGUGAUUGAUGUUAUGCAUAGUAUUUGAGUGACAGCCAUGAAAUAUCGCACUUUGGUCCCCAUUUGCUUCAUUUUCGUUAAUAUCCCUUAAAACACUAAUCUCACUUCCUACCAUCUUUCCUUCUUUCUCUUCCUAUUUUCUUGAAACCAUUUGAUUUCAAGAUUAUGCAAGCCUGGGAAUCAUGUAUUUGAUUGGUCAGCUAGUAUUGGGUAUAGUGUUUUAGUUGUUAGAAUGAGAGAUAUUGGUUUGGUUCAAAUGCAGGGUGGUAUGAUGUUCGCCAGGCUUGAUGAUUCCCCCAUGUUCCGUCAGCAGAUUCAAGCUUAUGAGGAAGAUGCCGAAACGUUGAGGGAUAAAUGUCUAAAGUUCUAUAAAGGAUGCAGAAAGUACACAGAAGGGCUUGGGGAAGCAUAUGAUAAAGACAUAGCUUUUGCCAGUUCUCUUGAAACCUUUGGAGGAGCGCAUGGUGAUUCUGUUGCUGUUUCAUUUGGAGGCCCUGAUAUGGUAAAAUUUGCUAUCGCUCUGAGAGAAAUUGGAACAUUCAAAGAAGUUCUUCGGUCACAGGUAGAGCAAAUAUUAAAUGAUCGACUACUACAUAUGGCUAGCAUUGAUCAUCAAGUAAAGGAAGCUCGGAAGCGUUUUGACAAAGCUGAUGUAACUUAUGAUCAGGUCCGAGAGAAGUUCCUAUCGUUGAGGAAAAAUACUAGGACGGAUAUAACUUUUGCCAUUGAGGAGGAACUUUAUUAUGCAAGGUCAGCUUUUGAGCAUACCCGCUUUAAUCUGGUUGCAGCUCUUUCUUCUGUUGAGGCCAAAAAGAAGUAUGAAUUCUUGGAAUCUGUUAGCUUGACAAUGGAUGCUCAUCUUCAGUAUUUCAAACAGGGUUAUGAACUGUUGCAUCAGUUGGAGCCUUAUGUCAAUCAGGUCUUGGCCUUUGCACAAAGGGCUAGAGAGAGUUCCACACAUGAGCAGGCAGUUCUCAAUGAAAAGAUGCAAGAGUAUAGGAGGGAAGUUGAUCAAGAAAGCAGGCGGUCAUUAAAUGGUCCUCACAGUUCUUCAACUGCUGACAUCUCACAACAUUCUUCCAGAAGUUCUCAAAAAGUGAUAGAGGCAGUAAUGCAGUCUGCUGCAGAAGGAAAGGUAGAAACUAUAAAACAAGGGUAUCUGUCAAAGCGUUCCUCUAAUUUAAGAGGUGACUGGAAGAGAAGAUUCUUUGUUCUAGAUAGCAGAGGAAUGCUGUACUAUUAUCGAACACAAAAGAGCAGGUCCUCUGGAUCUUCCAAUCCACUCUCUUCACAUAGAAACUCUUCCUCAGAACUGGGAGCAGCGCAUCGGAGUAGUUGGCUUUCUUCUCAUUAUCAUGGAGGUGUACAUGAUGAAAAACCUGUUGCACGUCGCACUGUGAACCUACUGACAUCAACAAUAAAAGCGGAUGCAGAGCAAUCAGAUCUCAGAUUUUGCUUCAGAAUAAUUUCACCAACAAAGAGUUAUACUUUGCAGGCAGAGAGCUCAGCAGAACAAAUGGACUGGAUAGAAAAAAUAACAGGAGUUAUUACCUCGUUGCUGAGUUCCCAGACACCUGAAAGGCAUUUCUCUUUGAGUCCCACUACCAAAAGUAGGUCUAUAGGAAGUCCGACCAGUCAUGAUCAAAGAACAAUUGAAGAGUGCACAUCUGGGAGGGAUUUCAUUGCAAGGAGUUCCAUACGCCAAUCCAAAAGUGCAUCAAACCUCACCAUCAUGAAAAUAGAGAAACAAACUGAUGCACUGAAGAGGAUACCUGGGAAUGAUAAAUGUGCCGAUUGUGGUGCUCCUGAACCAGACUGGGCUUCUUUGAAUCUUGGUAUUCUUAUAUGCAUUGAAUGUUCUGGCAUUCACCGUAACCUUGGUGUACAUGUAUCAAAGGUAAGAUCCUUGGCACUUGAUGUUAAAGUAUGGGAGCCUUCAGUCAUAACCCUAUUCCAGGCACUUGGAAAUGUGUUUGUGAAUUCUAUUUGGGAGGGUUUGUUGCAUCCAAGAAGAACUUUUCAGGCAGAUGAAAUACCAAUGCGGUUUUUGGAGUCCCAUAAACACAAACAGUUCUUUUGCAAACCCAGUGACGAUGACCAUAUUUCAGUGAAGGAGAAGUUUAUCCAUGCAAAGUAUGCAGAAAAAAGUUUUGUUCACAAAGUGGCAGACAGUAGGCACCUGCUUUCUGUGGCACAUCAGUUGUGGGAAGGUGUCCGUAAAAAUGACAAGAAAACUGUAUACCGUCUCAUUGUUGUCUAUCAAGCAGAUGUUAAUGCAGGUUACGGGCAAGCAUCGCUUGGCAGUGAUUGUUCAAGUUCUUUGAAUCCACAAAGUGGAAGUGAAGAUCGUUCCUCUGAUGAAUUUCUUGAUGGCUGUUCCCUGCUUCACCUAGCCUGCCAAACUGCUGAUAUUGGCAUGGUGGAGCUGCUUCUGCAGCAUGGUGCUAACAUAAAUGCUUGUGAUUCGCGUGGUCAGAUCCCGCUGCAUCAUAGUUUUUUAAGAGGAAGAACCGAAAUUGCCAAACUAUUACUUUCAAGGGGGGCCGAUCCACAAGCUGUCGAUAAGGAAGGCAAGACCCCUUUCCACCUUGUCAAGGAAUCAGCCCUCGGUGAUGUGGAGAUUAUUGCCCUCCUGAAAGUUGCAAUAGGAUAGCACCAGCACAAAGAUCACGCUGAGGUAGACCUCUUAGUCGUUAUCCCACUAAGGGUGUUUUAUCUUCAAGAAUGAAGUUUGGAGUUAUAUGGAAGUGCUAGAGCUUGUUCAAUCCUUAGCUUCAUUCUGUCAGAGGAAAUUUUGAAAUAUGCAACCUUAUGAAAUGAAAGAUCCAGAGAAGUGAUGUUUUUUCUCUGCGGAUCUCAAAGGUUAGGAAUUAUAUAUCAAGUAACCACAUGGCUAAGCUAUUUCCGCGUCAUGCAUUGAGCUGCUUCUGUUGUAUUUCUCGUUAUUAAUUUUUUUCUUCUCCCUUUGGGUUCUUUUGUCAUCCAAGCUCUGCAGAUCUUGAAGAGGUAGCCAGUGGAGCAGUUGUACUUGUACUUUGAAUUGAUUGUGAUGGUUUAAACAGAAUAAGCUAGUAUAUUUAGGUGGGAGAAAUUUUGGUAUAGCGGCUUAGUGAUAGGGCUGGAGAAAUUGAUGAGACAUCAUAGAUGAGGCUCUUUGUUAGUGGUUUCAAUUUUAUGAAAGAAUGUUUUAUCAGCAAUAUGCAAUAUAUAGCUUUCUUGUA